CACCUCUGAAUCUCCAGUAAAGGCCGCCGCCUCCACCAACCCUGCCAACAUGGCCGACCUCUCUACGGACGACAGCAAGUUCCUCUUCCUGGAAAACGACUUCCGUAACAGCGGCGUGGCCCAGGCCGACUGGGCGGCCAAGAAGAUGGUGUGGGUCCCAUCAGAGAGGGAGGGAUUCGAACCUGCAAGCAUCAAGGAGGAGAAGGGAGAACAGGUUCUGGUGGAGCUCUCCAACGGACAGAAGGUGACAGUGAACAAAGAUGACAUCCAGAAGAUGAACCCGCCCAAGUUCAGCAAGGUGGAGGACAUGGCUGCGCUCACGUUCCUCAACGAAGCGUCGGUCCUGCACAACCUGAGAGAGAGAUACUUCUCCAGCCUGAUCUACACGUACUCAGGUCUGUUCUGUGUGGUGGUGAAUCCCUACAAAAUGCUGCCAAUAUACUCAGAAAAGAUCAUCGAGAUGUACAAGGGCAAGAAACGCCACGAGGUGCCGCCGCACAUCUACUCCAUCACGGACAACGCCUACAGGAACAUGCUGCAGGAUCGUGAGGAUCAGUCGAUUCUCUGCACUGGCGAGUCCGGAGCCGGCAAAACAGAAAACACCAAGAAGGUGAUUCAGUACCUGGCUGUCGUCGCCUCGUCACAUAAAGGCAAGAAAGACGUCAACCCUGAAUCAGUUGCUGCAGCUGUGGCCAAGCAGCAGCAGUCAGGAUCUCUUGCUUAUGGGGAGCUAGAGAAGCAGCUGCUGCAGGCUAAUCCCAUCCUGGAGGCUUUUGGAAACGCCAAGACCAUCAAGAAUGACAACUCCUCCCGAUUUGGGAAAUUCAUCAAACUAAACUUUGACGUGACCGGCUUCCUCGUUGGGGCGAACAUUGACACCUACCUGCUGGAGAAGUCGCGCUGCAUUCGUCAGGCCAACACAGAGAGAGCCUUCCACAUCUUCUACUACAUGGUGGCCGGAGCGAAAGACAAGAUGAGGGAGGAGCUGCUGCUGGAGGGCUUCAACAGCUACCGUUUCCUGGUAGCAGGCCACGUGGAGGUUCCCGGUCAGCAGGAUGACGAGCUUUUUGACGAAACUCUGGAAGCAAUGGCGAUUAUGGGCUUCACAGAGGAGGAGAGAUUAGGGAUGCUGAAGGUGGUCUCCACCGUCCUCCAGCUGGGAAACAUCAAGUUUGAGAAGGAGAGGAACAGCGAGCAGGCCACCAUGCCCGACAACACCGCGGCUCAGAAGGUGUGCCACCUGCAGGGCAUCAACGUGACCGACUUCACCCGCGCCAUCCUGACGCCCAGAAUCAAGGUGGGGCGGGAGGUGGUGCAGAAGGCCCAGACCAAGCAGCAGGUUGAUUUUGCAGUGGAGGCACUGGCCAAGGCCAUGUACGACCGCUUGUUCCGCUGGAUCCUCGCCAGAGUCAACAAGACGCUGGACAAGAGCAAGAGACAGUCGUCCUCCUUCCUGGGAAUCCUGGACAUCGCUGGCUUUGAGAUCUUCGAGGACAACUCGUUCGAGCAACUCUGCAUCAACUACACCAACGAGCGUCUGCAGCAGCUCUUCAACCACACCAUGUUCAUCCUGGAGCAGGAGGAGUACAAGAGGGAGGGCAUCGAGUGGAACUUCAUCGACUUCGGCCUGGACCUGCAGCCCUGCAUCGAGCUCAUCGAGAGGCCGAACAAUCCCCCUGGCAUCCUGGCGCUGCUGGAUGAGGAGUGCUGGUUCCCGAAAGCCACCGAUCAGUCGUUCGUGGACAAACUGCUGAACACCCACACUGGUCACGUGAAGUUCUCCAAACCCAAACAACACAAGGAUAAGCUGAUGUUCUCGGUGCUUCACUACGCUGGAAAGGUGGAUUACAACGCAGCCAACUGGCUGACCAAGAACAUGGAUCCUCUGAAUGACAACGUGACGGCUCUGCUCAACAACUCCUCCAGCGCCUUCAUCCAGGACCUCUGGAAAACGGUCAGUCCUCCAAUCGCACACAUUCAGACACCUCUAGAUGCUCUCUGUUGCCACGGUAACACCGUUCUGCAUCAUCACCCUGCAGUGGACCGUGUGGUGGGCCUGGACACCAUCACCAAGAUGUCAGAGAGUUCUGUUCCCAGCUCCACCAAGUCCAAGAAGGGGAUGUUUCGCACGGUGGGUCAGCUGUACAAGGAGUCUCUGGGGAAGCUGAUGACCACGCUGCACAACACGCAGCCCAACUUCGUCCGCUGCAUCAUUCCCAACCACGAGAAGAGGGCCGGGAAGAUGGACGCCCAACUGGUUCUGGAGCAGCUCAGGUGUAACGGCGUGCUGGAGGGCAUUCGGAUCUGCAGGCAGGGAUUUCCAAACCGCAUCGUUUUCCAGGAGUUCAGACAGAGGUAUGAGAUUCUGGCUGCCAACGCCAUCCCGAAGGGCUUCAUGGAUGGAAAGCAGGCCUGCUGUCUGAUGGUGAAGCACCUGGAUCUGGACCCGAACCUGUACCGCAUCGGUCAGAGUAAAAUGUUCUUCAGGACGGGAGUUCUGGCUCAGCUGGAGGAAGAGCGAGACCUCAAGCUGACCGUCGUCAUCAUCGCCUUCCAGGCGCAAGCACGAGGCUUUCUGGGGCGAAAAGCGUUUAGUAAACGUCAGCAGCAGCUGACGGCCAUGAAGGUCAUCCAGAGGAACUGCGCUUGCUACCUCAAACUGAAGAACUGGCAGUGGUGGAGGCUGUUCACCAAGGUGAAGCCAUUGCUGCAGGUGACCAGACAGGAAGAGGAAAUGGGCCAAAAGGAGGAGGAGCUAAAGGCGGUACGCGAAGUGGCAGCUAAGACUGAAGCUGAGCUGAAGGAAAUCUCCCAGAAACACAUUCAGCUGGCUGAGGAGCGAGCCCAGCUGGAGCUGAAGCUGCAGGCCGAGACGGAGCUGUACGCCGAGGCGGAGGAGAUGCGCGGACGUCUGGAGGCCAAGAAGCAGGAGCUGGAGGAGGUGCUGCACGAGAUGGAGGCGCGUCUGGAGGAGGAGGAGGAACGCAGCGUCGCCCUGCAGCAGGAGAAGAAGGACAUGGAGCAGCAGCUGCAGCUGAUGGAGGCGCACAUCGCAGAGCAGGAAGACGCUCAGCAGAAGCUCCAGCUGGAGAAAACGGCGGCGGAGGGAAAAGUGAAGAAGAUGGAGGAGGACAUCAUGCUAAUGGAGGAUCAGAACAACAAGCUGCAGAAGGAGCGAAAGCUUCUGGAGGAGCGCUUGGCUGAUAUGAGCUCCAACCUGGCAGAGGAGGAGGAGAAGUCAAAGAAUCUGACCAAACUCAAGGCCAAACAUGAGUCCAUGAUCUCCGACCUGGAAGUUCGUAUGAAAAAGGAGGAGAAGGCUCGUCAGGAUGUGGAGAAGGCAAAGAAGAAGGUGGAUGCAGAGCUGGCCGACCUGCAGGAGCAAUACGCCGACCUGCAGGCGCAGCUGGCCGAGCUACGAGCUCAGUUAGCGGCUAAAGAGGAGGAGCUCCAGGCUACACAGACCCGUUUGGAGGAGGAGAGCACCCAGCGCGCAACGCUGGUUAAGAAGGUUCGUGAGUUGGAAGCGUUGCUGUCGGAGCUGCAGGAGGAUCUGGAGGCGGAGAGGGCGGCGCGGGGGAAGGCGGAGGCCGCGCGACGGGACCUCGGAGAGGAGCUGAAUGCACUGCGCUCCGAGCUGGAGGACAGCUUGGAUACCACCGCUGCUCAACAGGAGCUACGAGCAAAACGAGAGCAGGAAGUAGCAACGCUGAAGAAAGCUAUGGAAGACGAGGGGCGGAGCCACGAGGCCCAGGUCCAGGAACUUCGUCAGAAACACAGUCAGGCUGUGGAGGAGCUGACCGAGCAGCUGGAGCAAGCCAAAAGGGUGAGGGCCAGUCUGGAAAAAGCCAAACAAGCCCUGGAGAAAGAGUCGGCAGACUUGAGCACCGAGUUGAGAUCCCUCGCCAGCUCAAAGCAAGAUGUGGAGCACAAGAAGAAGAAGGUGGAGGCUCAACUGAACGAUUUAAACUCCCGGUUCAACGAAAGCGAGCGGCAGAGGAAUGAGCUCGGGGAGCGAGUAUCGAAGCUGAAUAUGGAGCUGGAAAGUGUGGCCGGCCUGCUGAACGAAGCUGAGGGGAAGAACAUCAAGCUGAGUAAAGACGUCUCCAGCCUGUCCUCUCAGCUCCAGGACGCCCAGGAGCUCCUGUCUGAAGAAACCCGUCAGAAGCUGAAUGUGUCUGGACGGCUGCGUCAGAUGGAGGAGGACAGGAACGGCCUGAUGGAGCAGCUGGAGGAGGAGACGGAGGCCAAACGCGCCGUAGAAAGACAGAUGUCCAGCCUCAACAUGCAGCUUUCUGACCACAGGAAGAAGCUGGAGGAGAUGUCGGCGACGGUGGAGCUGCUGGAGGAGGGGAAGAAGCGGCUGCAGCGCGACCUGGAGGCCGUCCACGGCGAGUACGAGGAGAAGGCGGCGGCCUACGACAAGCUGGAGAAGAGCCGCGGCCGGCUGCAGCAGGAGCUGGAGGACGUCCUGAUGGACCUGGACGCCCAGCGGCAGCUCGUCUCCAACCUGGAGAAGAAGCAGAAGAAGUUUGAUCAGAUGCUGGCCGAGGAGCGGUCGGUGUCGGCCCGCUUUGCGGAGGAGCGCGACCGGGCGGAGGCGGAGGCGAGGGAGAAGGAGACCCGGGUGCUGGCCCUGAGCCGGGCGCUGGAGGAGAAGCAGGCCGUCCUGGAGGAGGCCGAGAAGGCCGCCAAGGCCCUGCGGGCCGACAUGGAGGACCUCAUCAGCUCCAAGGACGACGCGGGGAAGAGCGUUCACGAGCUGGAGAAGGCCAAGCGCGGGCUGGAGGCCUUCGUGGAGGAGAUGAGGACGCAGAUGGAGGAGCUGGAAGAUGAGCUGCAGGUGGCGGAGGACGCCAAGCUGCGUCUGGAGGUCAACAGCCAGGCGCUGCGGGCGCAGCAUGAGCGCGAGCUGCAGGCCCGAGACGAAAUGGGCGAGGAGAAGAGGAAGCAGCUCCUCCGUCAGGUGCGGGAGCUGGAGGCGGAGCUUGAGGAGGAGAGGAAGCAGCGAGGUCAGGCGUCCGGCGCCAGGAAGAAGCUUGAAGGUGAGCUGAAGGACAUGGAGGAGCAUCUGGACGCCACCAGCAGGGGGCGCGACGAGGCGCAGAAGCAGCUCCGCAAAGUCCAGGGGCAGAUGAAGGACCUCCAGAGGGAGCUGGACGACUCCAGAGCCGCCCAGAAGGAGGCGCUGUCCUCGGCCAGGGAGUCAGAGCGCAGAGCCAAGAUGGCAGAGGCGGAAAUCCUCCAGCUGCACGAGCUGCUGGCCGCGGCAGAGAGAGGCAGGAAGCAGGUGGAGACGGAGAGGGACGAGCUGUCCGAGGAGCUGGCCAGCAACUCCUCUGGGAGGUCGAUGCAGUCGGACGAAAAGCGCCGCCUGGAGACGAAGCUGUGUCAGCUGGAGGAGGAGCUGGAGGAGGAGCAGGCCAACAUGGAGAACCUGACCGAGCGUCUGAGGAAGAGCCAGCAGCUGGUGGAGCAGCUGGGGGCGGAGCUGGCGGCGGAGAGGGCGUCGUCUCAGAGCAGAGAGGGAAGCCGGCAGCAGCUGGAGAGGCAGAACCGGGAGCUGAAGGCCAAACUGCAGGAGGCGGAGAGCCAGAGCCGCUCCAGGCUGAAGGCCGCUAGCGCCGCCCUGGAGGCCAAGCUGAGGGAGGCCGAGGAGCAGCUGGAGGCCGAGAGCAGGGAGCGUCAGGCCGCCGCCAAGAACCUGCGGCAGAAGGAGAAGAAGCUGAAGGACCUGAGCGUCCAGAUCGAGGACGAGAGGAAGCAGGCGCAGCAAUACAAGGACCAGAUGGAGAAGAGCGGCGUCCGGGUGAAGCAGCUGAAGCUCCAGCUGGAGGAGGCGGAGGAGGAGGCGCAGCGCGUGGCGGCCGCCCGCAGGAAGCUGCAGCGCGAGCUGGACGAGGCAGGCGAGGCCAACGACGCCCUCAGCAGGGAGGUGGCGGCGCUCAGGAGCAAACUGAGGCGUGGCGGAGGGGAUCCGGCCUUCAGCGCUUCUCGGAUCAGCGGCGGCGGGAUCAGGAGCGCAGCGGGUCUGAGCGGCGGUUCGACCCGGCGGGUCAAAGAAAACUCUCUGGAUCUGCAGGAAGAGGAACGUCCCUCUCCGUCUCCUCCCACAUGCUCCCCGGAUGAACGCGAUGAGGCGUACCCCUGCUGCCCUGACGAGUGAAACGACCCCACGCCUCAUUUAUUAUUAAAAUAUAUUUAUACACUUUUCAUUUCAAGAUAAUGUAGAUUCAUGUCAGCGUUGGAGUUUAGAAAAUAGAAAUUAUUCUAACCGGAAUAAAAAAUUUGUGACGCAAAAUGAGAAAAAGAUCAUUUGAAAUAUGCCAUAAUAUAUUUAUAGGUUGAUAAAGAAAGCAAAUAAAGAUAUUUUCUGAUUAUGAAUUAUCUAAAUUUAUUGGAAAUAAACACAUUUUAAAGUGU